GAAAAUUAUUGAAAAGGAAUUACGAUAUUUUUCUUUCUAAUUUUUUUUCAUAAGAGGCUGCAGAAUAAGAUGUUGUUGGAGCGAUGGUUGUUGUGAUUAGUAAAGUGAAUGUAAAAAUAACAUUAACUAGUUAUUUUUUGUUAACAUCUUGACAAUCUGAAAUAAUAAUGCCUUGAAAAAUGAACGGAUUUAAUGAAAAAUUGGAAGCUAAAGUUGCCGAACGCAAUGAACGUGCCAAAAAGCUUUAUCGAUAUUUGACUGAUGUAGCCCGACGUAUUGGCGAAUCAACAACAACAUGUAAUAGCGUUACCGAUCUUUACACCAUACAUAUGGAAUUGCAAAGGCAAAAAUUAAGGGAUAAUUGUGAGAAAUUACUUUUUUUAGAUCCAAUAAACUCCGGAAAAAAGUCCCUUGAGCUUCUUUGGAGAAAAGUUUAUUAUGAACCUGUAUGUAUUGCCAAAAAGAUAAGAGAAAAGGCAGAUAUUGAAAAUGACAGUUCAGAUCUGUAUACUCACAUUAUCUGUGGGAUUGGUCACUUCCAUCAUAUUUUAACAAGAAUACAGUCUGAAAUGAAUGUCAAAUGUAAUGAUUUAGAUUUUACCAUCCUAAAUGAAGACGAGGAAUCUGAAGAACUUAAACAUGCAACCAUCAGUGAAGAGUUACAGUUUGCUAAAUCAGCAUUACAUUUGUGUUUAAUAUAUCUAGGUGAUUUAUGCCGCUAUCAAGUGGAAAUUUUUCAAUCGAAUCAUCUGUCAGUGGCUGCUCGUUAUUAUCUCCAAGCAGCACAAAUAGAAUUAUCAUCUGGGAUGCCUUACAAUCAGUUAGGAAAUCUAUAUUUGGAUAAAAAUUAUAAUUUGGAUUCUGUCUGUUACUAUAUUCAUUGCUUAACUUGUGAAACACCAUUUAGCGGUUCAUUGGGAAAUUUAAUAAAAAUAUUUGAAAAAAACAACCAGUUUUAUGAGACUUUACAAAAUACUGAAAAUUCUACUCAGACAGAACACAUUCAAAAUACAAUUGCAAACUUUUUGUCCUUAAUUGAAAUAUGGUAUUUUGCAAAAAAUGAUACUAAUAUUUCACAGAGAUGUAGUCUUAUUAUACAUCAGCUCAAAGUGUCAAUGGAUUUUUUAAAACCUACCUUGCCUGACAUAAAUAAAAACUAUACAGAAUACAUACAAGUCAUUGAAGAAGAAAGUGUAACUCCAUCAUAUCUAAAUGCUAAUCUCGUCAAUAAGAUUGUACAGAUUUGUUUGUUCACUCUUGCAAAAAUGAGUGAGUCAGAUGAAGUAAAAGCAUUUGCAUGUAAAGCGUUUACACUUGCAUUGUUAUCUCAACUUUUACAAAAGUUUCUUAAAGAACUUGAAGCAAUGGGGUUAAAAAAUCCUGCUGCUAAAUAUAAGCCCAAAGUGCCUGUUAAUAAUAAUUCAAAUAUUAGUGAAGAUAAAUUAGAUAUUUCAGAAGAACAUGACAAUAAAUCUGAUACAAAGGAAGCAACAUCUGAUAAACCUCAUGUUGCUCUGACAACAACUGAAAAAAAUGCAGAGAAAUUGCAAAAUGGGGAACAUAAAAAUAUGAAAAAAAUAUCUAAAAGAAGACGCCGGAGGAGAAUUGCAUCAUCGGGUAGUUCAGAUACAAGUAAUAUAGAAACCGAGAGUAGUGAGGGUGAUACAGAUGAGUCUAGUAUAGAAGAAGAUGAUCUUUCAGAGUCCACUUAUCAAUCUGAAGAUGACUCUAAGAGUGAAGUCUCUGAGCUAGAUGGUUCUGAUAUUGAUGAUGUAAAUGAGAAGCAAAAUGGUUAUAUUAACAAAACUGAAGCAGAUCAGAUAAAUGAAGACAAGGAAAAUGAUGGAGCAGCUGUGACAGGUCAUUUGUUAGAUAGUAAAAGUAUUAAAGAUCCACAAUUAAAUGAAAAUGAAAUACAAAAUUUCUUGCUUGGAAAUAAUUUCUUGUGCAGUAUAAAAUUACUUCAAGAUUGGAUUCUUACCGAAAAAGAGCUCAUUUUGUCUUGUGGGAAUAGUGGCGAAGCUCUAUUUCAGUGUGUGGUUGAUCUUUUGAAUAUUCUAACAUAUUAUUUCAACCCUAAAUUGAAAGGGUCAAAUGAAAUUAAAGAUUGCAAAGUACUAGAAUAUGCUAAACAUGUUGCUAGAAAUCUUAAACUAGAACACAAAUCAAUACCAUUGCCUGAGGAUGUAAAUUUACGUGGUACUACUUUAUGUAAAUUUGACAAACAUGCUGCCGAAUGGCAGAUAUUAGACAGAUUUAAACCAUCAAUUUAUGAAGAAAACAUUAUAAGAAUACUUAAUUUCAUUGAUUUUGGAAAUCAAAUUGCAAAACUUGUUCCAAGGAUUCGUCUUAACAGAUCAAUGAAAAUAUUUUAUAUAAAAAAAAAUCAUCCUCCAAAAAUUAAUACUAAAGUGAAUCACAAAAGAAGUAGAGAAUGGCAUAACUCAAAAAAACAACAGGUAAGUUCUCAUUACUCAACUAAUUAAGUGAUAAAAAAAAUGAUUGAUUGAAAUGAUAUUCAAUUUCAGUUUAUUUAAUAAGCAGGUCUAAGUUUUACAAAGUAUUGUCUUUAUUGUACUCAUAAUGUUAAAUAUAUUGUAGGAAACAAGUGAAGGUGGAUUGUUGCGUCGCCUGGGCAAGUUAUGGUUAGCGUCGCAGGUGCGAGAGCUGGAAAGAAGCGGUCACGCAGCGGUGCCGGCACUACUCGCGCUCGAUACUGCCGCCCUCAACCAACAUCUACGCCGCGUUAAACAACUGCUGCGUGCCAGAAACUUCAUUCUCCUCAUACCCACUGUUGUGCUUCAAGAGCUCGACGAGUUGAAACGUGAACAAAGCAGCGCUCGUGACGCUAUACGCUGGCUGGAAACUCAACUGAGGAGUGGAUCACGAUUUUUAAAAGCGCAACGACCUGGUCAGUCACGCCCUCUACCGCUUCUCAAAUACCCGCGCAAAGCCCCGCCAUAUGUACACAACUACAUUCAGAUAUUAGAAUUUUGUAACCACUUCAUCGAUGACGAAAAACAAACUCAAGGAGGUAAUGGAGAUCCCGAGAAUACAAUACCAGGAAAAACUGCUCCUCUGCUCGUUUUGCUUGUAGGAAACGAACCUGGUAGUACUGAAGAGCAAUAUAAAGAGUUUAGCUUGACUGGCACAGCCCAAGCUGCCGGAAUUUCAAUCCAAAAUAUCGGAGAAUUUUACGCAAAAUGGCGACAUGCGGUUCAUAAAAACGGAAAGAAAAGAUGAGAUUUUUUGAACGCAUUCGGGAUUUGACAGUGCCGAAAGGAAAAGACAGACGCUUUGCUUUCGGGGACAAAUUGAACCAUCUCGUUCAGAGCAUAAUUUGGCAUUUUGUGAGCUUGCCAUAUCAGUGUUACAAUAUAACACGAUAUUUAAUGUCAAAGAUAUUAAAAUUUAACUGAAUGUUUAACUCCCAAGUAUUUCAGGCUAAUCCUGUCCUGAUUACAAGAUUAAGCGAGUUUACCGCCAUCAUAUCUCUCAUAAUUUUAUGUUUAUUUCAUUACAUUACAAUCGUUUAAUUACUUUUUUUUUUGCUAUUCAUGUUAUUUUUAAUGGGUGUCGCUUUCAUUAUUUCAUGUACCUUUUAAUAAUUGGUUAUAAUAAAUCAUUAUAUAUUGUACAACUAUUCACCGGGAUGAGUAUGUCUAGAUAUACUUCUAACAGGGUGCUUAUUUUGUCUGUAAAGUUUAAUUUCCAUUCUUGAAAUAAAUGUUAUCAUAUUACGGAAGUUUU